ACGUGUACUUGUCAAAAGCUUCAGUUCUUCCGUUCUUCGACUCCCCUCUGCUGUUUUCUCCGCCACUGCUUCCGUUCAGAUCUCGCCCGACGCCCGGUGGAUGCUUCCAAGUUCCAAAACCUCGCCAUUCGUCGGAUGCUUGAUUUUCGAUGAACGAGAAGCCCAAUCUGCCGUCGCCGGUCUGCCACUUCCUGGAUUUCAUUCGUGUAGAUCUCAGUUUCAGCGAAAAUGGAGAAGUCUUGCAGCCUUCUCGUCCACUUCGACAGCGGAACUCCGGCCCUCGCCAACGAGAUCAAGCUCGCCCUCGAAGGGAACGACGUGGAUGCGAAGAUCGACGCCCUGAAGAAGUCGAUCAUGAUGCUGCUUAACGGCGAGACGCUGCCUCAGCUCUUCAUCACGAUCGUACGGUACGUCCUCCCCUCGGAGGAUCACACGGUGCAGAAGCUCUUGCUUCUGUAUCUGGAGAUAAUCGACAAGACGGAUUCAAAGGGGAAGAUCCUGCCCGAGAUGAUCCUCAUCUGCCAGAACCUGAGGAACAAUCUGCAGCACCCGAAUGAGUAUAUCCGUGGGGUGACUCUCCGGUUUCUCUGCCGGUUGAACGAGGCCGAACUCAUCGAGCCGCUGAUUCCGUCCAUCCUGGCGAAUCUGGAACACCGGCAUCCGUUUGUACGCCGGAACGCGAUUUUGGCUAUCAUGUCCGUCUACAAGCUUCCUCAAGGGGAGCAAUUGCUCGUGGAUGCUCCUGAGGGCAUCGAACGGGCGUUGACAACAGAACAAGAUCCGUCUGCCAAGAGGAACGCUUUCCUCAUGCUGUUUAAUUGCGCACAGGAUCGGGCGAUCAAUUACCUCUUGAGUCACCUGGAUAAUGUGCCCAAUUGGGGGGAACAGCUUCAGAUGGUCGUCCUCGAAUUGAUCCGAAAGGUUUGCAGAUCGAAUCCCGGCGAAAAGGGUAGGUAUAUUAAGAUCAUUAUCUCUCUUUUAAAUGCCCCUUCAGCUGCCGUUGUAUAUGAAUGUGCUGGUACACUCGUUUCCCUUUCUUCGGCGCCCACCGCCAUUAGGGCGGCUGCAAACACAUAUUGCCAGCUUCUGCUUUCGCAGAGUGAUAACAACGUUAAGCUCAUUAUUCUUGACCGGUUGAACGAGUUGAAACCUUCGCAUAGGGAAGUGAUGAUAGAUAUGAUCAUGGACAUUUUGAGGGCACUCUCUAGCCCCAAUUUGGACAUUCGAAGGAAGACACUUGACAUUGUACUAGAGUUGAUUACUCCUAGGAAUGUGGAUGAGGUAGUUCUUACUCUUAAGAAAGAAGUCGUGAAGACUCAGAGCACGGAAUUGGAGAAGAAUGGGGAGUACCGGCAGAUGCUGGUUCAAGCAAUCCAUUCAUGUGCAAUUAAGUUCCCGGAAGUGGCCAGUACCGUCGUGCAUCUUUUGAUGGAUUUCUUGGGUGAUAGCAAUGUCUCCUCCGCAAUGGAUGUGAUUUUGUUUGUAAGGGAGAUCAUUGAAACGAAUCCAAAACUGAGAGUGUCAAUAAUCACCAGGCUUUUGGACACAUUCUAUCAGAUUCGUUCAUCUCGGGUUUGCUCGUGUGCUCUUUGGAUCAUCGGCGAGUAUUGCCUGUCAGCAUCUGAAGUUGAAAAUGGCAUAACAACCAUUAAACAGAGUCUAGGCGAUCUCCCUUUCUUCACCGUCGCAGAGGAUGGAGAGACUGCAGAUGCAAAAGGGUUGCCUUCUAAACCCCAGCAGCCAAAUUCAGCUGCAGUCUCUUCCAGAAGGCCGGCAAUUUUAGCUGAUGGAACCUAUGCCACACAAAGUGCUGCUUCUGAAACAGCCAUUUCAGCACCAACGCUUGUUCAAGGAUCAUUAGCUUCAGUUGGAAAUUUGAGAUCUCUGAUCCUUAGUGGGGACUUUUUCCUGGCUGCAGUUGUGGCAUGUACGUUGACUAAGCUUGUUCUCAGGUUGGAAGAGGUGCACUUGUCAAAAGUUGAAGUGAACAAAGCAUCUGCUGGAGUUCUCAUAAUCAUGGUUUCCAUUCUGCAGCUUGGUCAGUCCUCCGUUCUUGCUCAACCUAUUGACAAUGAUUCUCAUGAUAGGAUUGUCCUCUGUUUGCGUAUACUUUGUAAUACCGGUGACAACACUAGAAAGAUAUGGUUGCAAUCGUGCCGGCAGAGUUUUGUGAAGAUGCUUUCUGAUAAGCAGUUUCGUGAAUCAGAAGAGAUCAAAGCAAAGGCUCAAGUAUCGCAUGCUCAGCCAGAUGACCUGAUUGAUUUUUAUCAUUUGAAAAGCAGAAAGGGGAUGAGCCAGCUUGAAUUGGAAGAUGAAGUGCAGGAUGAUCUCAAGAGGGCCACAGGAGAAUUCACAAAGGAUGGGGAUGAUGUCAACAAACUGAACAGAAUUCUUCAACUAACAGGAUUUAGCGACCCUGUUUAUGCAGAAGCUUAUGUAACUGUACAUCAGUACGAUAUUGUUCUUGAUGUCACAAUUAUAAACCGGACCAAAGAAACAUUGCAGAACUUAUGUUUGGAGCUCGCAACAAUGGGGGACCUUAAACUUGUUGAGCGCCCUCAAAAUUACACCUUGGCACCUGAGUCAAGCAAACAGAUCCGUGCUAACAUAAAAGUCUCUUCCACUGAAACUGGUGUGAUCUUUGGUAACAUUGUUUACGAAACAACUAAUGUGCUCGAUCGUACUGUUGUGGUCCUCAAUGACAUCCACAUUGAUAUCAUGGACUACAUAUCUCCUGCUACUUGUGCUGAUGUGGCGUUCCGGACCAUGUGGGCAGAGUUUGAGUGGGAAAACAAGGUGGCUGUGAACACUGUAAUUCUGGACGAGAAAGAAUUCCUUGAUCACAUUGUUAAGUCUACAAAUAUGAAAUGUCUAACACCACCGUGUGCACUAGAGGGUGAUUGUGGAUACUUGGCUGCUAAUCUUUAUGCUAAAAGUGUCUUUGGAGAGGAUGCACUGGUGAACUUAAGCAUUGAGAAGCAGUUAGAUGGUAAGCUGACUGGGUAUAUUAGGAUCAGAAGCAAGACACAAGGAAUAGCUCUGAGCCUAGGCGACAAGAUUACUCUCAAGCAGAAAGGUGGUUAGGUCUUCUUUUCAUACAUGUGAUAUUGGUUGUCCGUCAAGAGUAUAUGCAGGGAGCUCAACUUCGGGAGAUGUUUUGCUUACCUCACCUCACCCAAGCCAUCGUCUCGUCAUCAGUAUCCGAUCAACCAGGGUUAGACUUCUGUGGCUGGGCAUUGUCGACUGAUACCUUGUGAGGCUUGAGAUUUACAGAACACUCUUCUUAUUUCUUUUUAAUUUUUUUUUUCUUCUCCCUUGCCACUCCUUUUGUUAAGCCAAGAGUUGCGUUAAUGUAGUUUAUGCUUUUUGAGGCAAUUUUAUGGAAUUGUGGGAAGAAAACCUGGAAAUUUGCUUAAUUCUGGGAACUUUUUCCAUGGAUAGUUCUUUCUUUAUUA